CACUCCUACAAACAUAACAUACAUUACAUUUGAUCGAUAAUAGUGUUGAAACUGAUAAUAAACGAUAUGGAGGAAUUAGAAGGAGGAGUGACGAUGAUGGGAAAGGCGGAAAUUGAUACGAGUGCUCCAUUUCGUUCGGUUAAGGAGGCAGUCAUGUUGUUCGGAGAAAGAGUUCUUGCUGGAGAACUCUACUCUGCUAAUAAGCUUAAACAGAAACAAGAUGGAUCGAGUCAUGAAGACGAAAGCGACGACUCGUUUAAUGAUGAGUUAAUUGAGACAAAGCAAAGACUAGAAAGGGCAAGAGAAGAAAGAUUGGUAAUGGCUACUUGUCUCUCUUCUUUAGAAGAAGAACUUGAACGCACAAGAAAUGAGCUUGAUAAGCUAAAAUUUGAGCAACAAAAAGUUAUGGUAUCAGAAAUUGAAGACCUAAAAUUUAUAGAGAAAUCACAAAUUAUGUCACAUGAUCAAAAUAAUGUUGAGUUUCACAAAAAAAGAUAUGUCACAUUUGCAAAUCCUCCACAAGGUGAUCAUGAUCAUGUUGUCUUACAAAACCAUCCUUCAAUCAACAAGAAGAAGAAGAUAAAAAUACCCCUAAUUAUUCCAUUGAUUGGGGGAUUUUUUUCUAGGAAGAGAGGUAGUAAUUCUGAUAAUAAUAUUCAAUCUUCUCGAAUUUAA